CGAGAGUUAGACGUGUCUGGUGGUUGGUCUGCGGCUGGUUUGUUCGUAAAAUUGUCUUGAGUUUUUGAGAAAGUACUUUUUUUGUGGAUGAAUUUUCUGUUUUUGUUGGUUCGAUUCGUGACGCGGCUCUAUCAUUUCGGGGUGAGUUUCGGCUCCCUCCAUAUAAUAUUGGAAAACAGAGCCCAGAAUAUGCCCUCUUUUGUGAUUAAAAUCACUUAAAAAGGACCGCAGGCAGCAUCAUAAACAAGCCGGAUCCAAAAGUUGAAAUCGUUCGGACGUGUGUAUGUGAGUUGGUGAUUGUGUAGGUGCAUGUGUCCAUCGUGUUUCGUACACAUAGAAGGGUCGUCACAGUGAAAACGUGUAUGAAAGAAAAUUGAAAAUUGCACAGUGCUAGAGGAAAUAUCAAGUCGCACGCACGCAUACAAGCGCGUGGCGUGCGAAUGCAUUGUGCGAUGACAUUGUCCGUGUUGAAAGUGUUGAGGGCGACGGAGGUAGACGCGAUGGUCAACAAAAAGAAAUGUCAAAAAUAUGGUCUCUCUUGGAGCUUGGUGUGGUGUAAUUUCCACACGGUUUUGUUGUUAGCCGGCUGUGUUUUGAUUGCUAAUUUACAGGUGGUAAGUGGUGUUUCGUGGGGUGGAGUGAAUAUUAGUCAACUUUCUGCCGGUCAACACUUUGAAAGUCAUGGAGUUACACCAACAAUCGAACGGAGGACAAUGCCACCGUUGGGAGAUGAUACAUCAUGCACGCAUCCUUCAUCAUUCAAAUGUGAUAACGGCCAGUGUAUUCCAUUGCGAUGGAAAUGUGAUUCAAAAUUUGAUUGUGAUGAUAAAUCAGACGAACCAGCAGAGUGUGGAUCUGCAGUAGAAUGUAAUCCGGAGCAGUUCCAAUGUGUAGUUUCAAGGAAAUGCAUUCCUAAGAGUUGGAUUUGUGAUGGAGACUAUGACUGCGGAACAUAUGACCAUUCUGAUGAAAGAAAUUGCUCAAAAACCAAUUGCCUUCCUUACCAAACUGAGUGCGCCAACGGCUACUGCUUAGAUAUAUCAAAAUUUUGUGAUGGUCAUGCCGAUUGUGAUAACGAUGAACAUUAUUGUGGAAAUAAAACGGCUGCAUGCAAGACUCUUAAUUGUUCCUAUAAAUGCACGAUAACGACAAAAGGACGUCCAACGUGCUAUUGUCCGCCAGGACGACAACCGAAUGGAACUUUGUGCCAAGAUUUCAAUGAAUGCUCAAUCGAAGGAAUAUGCGAUCAGAUUUGUACCAACACGCCAGGAUCAUAUACGUGCUCAUGUGUUUCCGGUUAUAAAGCCGUGAAAAAUCGAUGUUUCGCUAUUAAUGUGCCAAUAACGGAUAACGCCACACUUGUGUUUUUCACCAGCAACGAAGUGCGUCUCGUAAAUUUCAAAGGAAUGAAAAAUAUGAGCUAUAAUUUGCCGACGAACUAUAAAGAAGUGACGGAAAUAGAAAUAUAUCAUCGCAAUCGAACCGCGUGUGCGUUGUAUUCGGAUCUCUCAUCCAGAAUUUUAAGAUGCCAUAAUAUUGAUAGUGCCAUUGAGAGCUGGGAUGUUUCGCUGCCGGAACAAUUUAUUGGAUCAUUUAUAAUUGAUCACAUACGUCUUGAUUGGAUUUCGGGUAAUUGGUAUUUUUUGAAUACGAGUCCUGGCUGUAUCGUCCUGUGCAGGAAUGAUAUGCAAUAUUGCUCAUUUUUGCUGGAAACCGAAAUAAACAAACCUUCCUCAGUAGCUUUGGAUCCGACAAAAGGAUUCAUGUUUUAUUCGGAGUGGACCCCAUUGUUGUGCCGAGCUGGUCUGGAUGGUUCAAACCGUACAGUUUUAGUUUCACAGAAAAUUUAUUAUCCUUUUGGAUUAACUUUGGACCUAGCAAAUGAACAUGUCUAUUGGAUUGAUACCUACUUGGAUUUCGUUGAACGAGUUGAUUACAAUGGAAAAAAUCGAUGGUCGCUGAAGAAAGAACCGAACACUCAGUAUCUACUCAAAUCACUAUACUCCAUUGAAAUCUUUGAGAAUACAAUUUUCGUCGCAUCGUGGGCUAACAAAAGUGUAUCUUCGAUAGAUAGAUUUACCGCCAAACCAACUCGCAUCGUGAAUAACGUAGAGAAAGCUUCCGGUCUUCGAGUUUUUCAUCGUCAGCGACAACCUGAAGUUGCUCAUCCGUGCCGUGAUCGCAAUGGUGGCUGUAAUCAAAUCUGCAUACCAAUGUGGAAAAAUAAUGUUGCCAUAGCACAGUGUCUGUGCUCGCCGGGUUACCGGCUGAAGACAAAACAGGAAUGCGUACUUGUGAAGCAUGAGUCGUUUCUACUAUAUGCAACUGCCGGGGUGACACGAAUUAAGGGUAUAUCGCUAUCGGCUAAUCAAACAUUGCCAGGGGGUGGAAACCAGGAGACAAUUGUGCCUGUCCUUAAUGUUGAAACGCCCGUCGCUUUCGAUUACAACGUAAAAGAGCAGCUACUGUACUUCAGGAAGAACGACGAAAAGACAAGAGAGUUUGUCAUAUACAGCCAGAGAUUCGAUGGCACUGGAAGAAAACGCUUGCUAACCACCCCAGAUGCGACUAUAGCAUUGGCGUAUGACUGGAUCUCGAACUAUAUCUAUCGGAGCGAAACGAAUGUAAUUUACGUUACAGAUUUGAAAAAUACGUCAUUAGUGCGAACACUAGACAUUAAUAUGGACGCUAUGUCUCUAGCUGUUGACCCACAGCGGGGAGUGUUGUAUUUUUCUACUUGGUCGGAAGUGAGUUAUUCUGAAGGUGGAGCCAUUAUGAGCAUAUGGUUGGAUGGAACACAUAAGGAGGUAUUGACGAAUUCAUCUACGAAUCGAAUUGUUUGGCCGAUCAGUUUGAAUAUUGAUUACAUGGAGAAGAAACUUUACUGGUGCGACAUGAAACUCAACUCAAUAGAGCGUAUGGGCCUCGAUGGCAGUGACCGUGAAAUCCUUUUCCAGCAAGUCUCCUUCUAUCCAUCCUCGGUUGCAUAUCACAACGAAUUCGUUUUCUGGUCUGAAGCGUAUAAAAAGAAAGUUUUACGCUUCCACAUUUCAACAAAUGCUUCAGAAGUGCUUUCAAAGAUGGUAACUUUGGCUGUUGAAAAACAUCCUGUAUCGAAUCUGAAAGUUUUCGAUAAUAUGACGCAAACUGGAAUGAAUGACUGCGUUAAAACAAAAUGCCCAGGAUUGUGUCUUUAUACACCAAAAGGACCUGUGUGCAAGUGUCCAAAUGGAUUUUCCUUGAAUGGGAAUGGGAGCAAGUGCAUUCCCACUAUUAACUACGAACAUCCUGCUGUGGUGUGUAAGGAUAAGUUCAUGUGUCGAUCGAAGAAGCAAUGUUUGGAUGCAAAGGAUUUGUGCGAUGGAGUCGACGAUUGCCAGGAUGGAAGUGAUGAAGAUUAUUCAGAAAAAGGACCAUGCAAUGCAAGGACUUGCGAUAAGGAGUUGAAUUUUGUAUGCGAUUUGGAUCGUUGUUUGCAGAGGACCCUGCGAUGCAGUGAUAAGUCGUAUUGUAGGGAUCAGACGGAUCAGAAAGAUUGUCACAUUCAUAUUUGCAAUGAUAAUGAAUUCAAAUGUUCGCAAAGUAAGAAGUGCAUACCAAAAGCUUGGGUGAAUGACGGAGAGUUUGACUGUGGACCAACUGACUUUUCUGAUGAAGUUCCCUUGCUUUUGCCGAAAUGUGAAGAAUUCGAGUGUAGGAAUUCAAGAUGCCUUCUCUUUGUGAAUGCCUGUGAUGGAUUGGAUCAAUGCGGGGACAACUCCGACGAAGAGGACUGUGACUCCUAUUGUGGGCCAAACGCAAAGUAUUGCUUUCCAAAGGGAUGUUAUACAGAGGAGCAUAUUUGCGAUGGUAUCCAUGAUUGCUUCGAUUUCAGUGACGAAAUCAACUGCACUACUGUACCCAAGAGUGAUAACCAUGAAGAAACGUUUUCACUCGAUCCGUGUGGUAAGGACGAAUUUCAAUGUGCACACUUUAUCGACUGCAUUCCACAACACCUGGUAUGCAAUGGAAUUGUUGACUGUUUGGAUCAGUCGGAUGAAAGAAACUGCACAGAAAUACACAAGCCACCUCCAGUUAACGAAACUGUUGACUGUGUGUAUCCUGACAGGAUAUGCUCCAUAACAAAUAAAUGCAUUCAAGUUCAUCAGCUCUGCGAUGGACGCAUUGACUGUCCUGACGAAACAGAUGAAGGAUUCCGAUGUGCUGAGAAAGUCUGUGAUCAUAUAACAGCGUGUUCGCAUUUUUGUCAUAACGCUCCCGAAGGAUAUGUGUGCUCGUGUCCUCUUCACAUGUUUCUGAGAGGCAAUGGCAACUGCAGCAUGGAACAUUCAUGCGAACACUGGGACACAUGUUCGCAAAUUUGUGAGCCAAAGGGCAAAACAUACAACUGUAAGUGCUUGCCAGGAUACACUUUGCAAUAUGACCAAUUCUCAUGCAAAAGCAACAAUCCUGAUUCUCCGUAUGUGAUAUUCAGCAAUCGGCAAGAAAUUAGAGGAGUCGAUCUGAAAACUUCGGUUGUAAAGAACUUCUACGCCGAUCUUAAAAACACGAUCGCUCUUGAUUUCUUAUAUCUAAAUGAUUCUAUUCAGAUAUUUUGGACGGACGUUAUUGAUGACAAAAUUUAUCGCGGAUUUUUGGUGGGAGAGUCAUUGACUAAUAUUGAAGCGGUGGUCCAAUCGGGCUUAUCCACAGCCGAAGGACUUGCGGUCGAUUGGAUCGGUAUGAACCUUUAUUGGAUCGACAGCAAUCUGGAUCAGAUUGAAGUUUCCCUGGUCAACGGAAGUUUUCGUCGAACGCUGGUUGCAGGGGAAAUGGAAAGCCCUCGAGCAAUUGCCUUGGACCCACGUGAAGGACUGCUUUUCUGGACAGAUUGGGAUGAGAAUUACCCUCGAAUCGAACGCUGCUCAAUGGCCGGAGAAGAUCGGAAAACUAUCACUCAAGUUAAUCAAAUAAGUGGUGGUGGAGCAUGGCCAAAUGGUUUGACUCUGGAUUAUACCCAAAAGAGAGUCUAUUGGGUUGAUGCGCGCUCCGAUUCCAUACAUACCACCAAAUAUGAUGGCAGUGAACCCCAUUUGGUUACACGAGAUCAAGAGACUUUGUCACACCCAUUUGCAAUUUCGCUUUUCGAGAACUAUGUGUACUGGACGGAUUGGCGAACGAAUUCAGUUAUAAGAGCGAAUAAAUGGAAUGGAACCGACAUUCAAGUGAUUCAACGAACACUGACCCAACCAUUCGGGAUUCAAGUCUUGCAUUCCAGUCGGCAGCCAAGAGAUGGAAUAAAUCCCUGUAGCAAAAAUAAUGGUGGUUGCUCCCAUUUGUGUUUGCUGAGCACGAACAAAACCUUCAAAUGUGCCUGUCCGCAUGUCAUGCGACUAGACAUGAAGGACCAGAAAACUUGCGUUCCCAACGAGCAGAUCCUGCUAUUCAUCAUGACUAGUGAAAUUCGAGGCAUAGACUUGAUGCAGCCCAAUCAUCACACGAUUCCAACCAUUAGCCAUACGCCCCAGAUAGCAGAGCCUCAAAGUAUUGAUUACACCGUGAGCGAUAGUCGAUUAUACUGGUCUGAUACGCAAUUGAAUGAAAUCAAAACUGCUGGACUAUCAAAUGGAUUAAUUGAAACUGUUCUCAACAAUGACAUCCAAAGCCCAUAUGGCUUCGCAGUCGAUUGGAUUUCAAGGAGUAUGUUCGUCUCAACAGGCAAGGAAAAAUGCCGAAUUAUCGCCUGCAAUUUGAAGGGUGAAUAUGUAACUGAAAUCCUGAAUGAUUUGUACGUUGUGAAGAGUAUCACACUAGAUCCUGUGAGAGGGACCAUGUACUGGUCUCAUGCAGAUGAGGAAGCAAAAAUAUUCAGGAUCGAAUCAAGCGCUCUAGAUGGGUCAUCGCGACGAGAGCUUCUGACGACCAACAAAUCAACGCAUAGUCUCACGAUCGAUUUUGCUUCCAAUCGGCUAUAUUUUGUUUAUCAAAAUUCUGGGAUCAUUUCCUAUUUGGAUCUAGCCACAUAUAAGGUGCACAAUGUCCUUUCUUCAAGCGAAGUGAUGUCGAUUAGCAGCGUUACUGUGUAUAAUAAUUCCAUUUAUUUCCCUGAAAAUAUCCAAAGCGUGAUAAUGUCCUGUGAUAAAACUGCAUGUUCGAAUUUGACGACUCUGAGAAAGAAUACAAAUAGUGUACAAGCAACAAAGAUGUACUUCCUGGGUGCUCAGCAAGGUACAAAUACAUGCGCUCGAAAUCGCGGUGGUUGUCAACAUCUAUGUUUGGCAGUUUCGAAUGUGGCUCACGUGUGUAAAUGUGCAAUUGGAUAUACACAGGAUGCAACCAAUGCAACACGCUGCGUGGGCAAAGAUGAAUUCGUCCUAUAUUCGAUAAUGCACGAGCUGAAAGGGAUCGACCUUUACUCCAAAGAUGUCCCAAUUGAGCAUUAUGAGAGCAGUAAGACACUUGGCCCAAUAUCCCUAGUAUCCUUGGCUACAAAUAUUGACUAUGAUUACGCCAACGACUACCUCUACUGGGCGGACAACGAAAAAGGGACGAUCACACGUGUCCAUCGGGAUGGCACGGGAAGGCAGGUGAUCCUGCAACAAGGCGACCAGUUGGACUCUAAAAAUUCAGACUGGCUAGGCGGGAUAGCCGUGGAUUGGGUGGCUGGUAACAUUUAUUGGAGUGACCAAAAACGGAACUACAUUGAAGUAGCUCGCCUGAAUGGUUCAUACCGCUACGUUGUAUUGUCAAAUAUAGAAAAGCCAACAAUUUUGGCAGUGGAUCCAGUUGCCGGUUUGCUAUUCUACGUUGGCGAUGGUAUUAUAGGACGGACAGGUUUAGAUGGCAGCCAAACCUUCAUUCUAGUGAAUCAGACCAAGUCAGUCAAUAAUUUGCUCCUGGACGUUGACAAUCAAGUUGUCUACUGGUGCGAAACCGGAAGGGAUGUUAUCAUGCGUGCGGACUAUGAUGGCAACAGAAAAACAACUAUCAAAAAGUCAAUUAAUCAUAGUUCUGACAACUCAGUCGCUUUAGGCUUAAUCGACAAUUACCUGUACUGGGCCGAAACAACAUAUCAAAAAGGUAUCAUCAAAGUUGCCCCAUUGAACAACUUAUCAGAUUCCAUAACGCUAAUAAAGAGUGAAGGCAAUUCUUUGAAGGAUCUGAAAAUUUUCUCGAAGCGGAUUCAAAAGGGGACGAACCUUUGUGCAAUAGACAAUGGCGGAUGCCAGGAAUUAUGUCUUUUCAAUGGAACGCACCCCGUGUGUGCAUGCUCGCAUGGAAAGGUUUCUGCGGAUGGGCGCUCAUGUGAAGACUAUGAUAUUUUCCUGAUUUAUUCCCGUGGUGCUUCGAUUGACAGCAUUCACAUGAGUGACCACCUGAACAUGAAUCGCCCGAUCGGCCGAAUCCAGAAUUCUACCUUCAUGAGGAACACAAUUGGGCUAGCAUUCGACUAUGAGAACAGUCGAAUUUUCUAUUCAGAUAUCCAUCUAAGCUCCAUUGUGUGGGUGUAUUUCAACGGGACGAAUCAUACCAGGAUCGUUAGCAAUCAGCCUACCGUCGAAGGAAUCACAUAUGAUCCAAUCAACGGACAACUCUACUGGACCUCGAAUAGUGACGCAGCCAUCCGAGCCAUCAAUAUGAAAGUAGCAGGGACCAACGUAGAUAACAACGUAGCCCUGGUGCGUCAAAUUGUGAAAUUGAAUUCCUUAGAUAAGCCCCGAGGGAUAGCAGUAGAACCAUGUAUUGCCAUGGUAUACUGGGCCAACUGGAAUGCCCAGGCAGCCUCAAUUCAACGGGCCUAUGUUUCGGGGACCGGAUUAGAAAGCAUUAUUAAAACAGAUAUUCGAAUGCCAAACGCUCUAACCAUCGACUAUACUGAGAGAAAGCUUUACUGGGCUGACGCACGACUAGAUAAAAUUGAGAGAGCCGACUUGGAUGGAUCACAUCGUGUAGUCCUGGCUCAUUCAACACCCAAGCAUCCAUUUGCUAUGGCCGUAUACGGCGAUCUAUUGUUCUGGACCGACUGGGUUCUUCAUGCAGUCAUUCGCGCAAAUAAAUAUUCAGGAGCUGACGUGGUCUUCCUACGAAAGGAUGUCGGUCGUCCUAUGGGAAUUGCUGCUGUACAGAAUAUAACACAAAAUUGCGAUGGUAACUUGUGCCACAUUCUCAAUGGUGGUUGCGAAGAUGUUUGCACUUUGGAUCAGUACGGAGCAGUGAAAUGUGAGUGUACUCAUGGUGUCCUGGCACCGGAUGGAUAUCGAUGCCUUUCACAGAAUAAUGACAAAUGUGCAAAAGAAUCGUUCCUGUGCAACUCAGGCGAGUGUAUACCAUUCCAGCUUACCUGUGACGGCGUAUUCCACUGCAUUGAUGGCUCCGAUGAAAAGGACAGUUUCUGUUCGGUUCGCGCGUGUCCUGAAGGAUUCUUUAUGUGCACGAAUAGACGAUGCAUAAUUGCUAAUCAAACAUGCGAUGGAGUGCAAAAUUGCAGCGAUGGAACAGACGAGUUGAAUUGCAUUUGUCCAACUGGUCAUUUCAAAUGCAAUAUUGGAUAUUGUAUACCAGCAAGUUCAAGGUGUGAUAACGCUCCAGACUGCCCAGAUGCAUCGGAUGAAAUGCAUUGUACGCCUCGAAUAUGCGAGCAAGGCUUUUUCCAGUGUGAAAGUACUACAGCCUGCUACAUGGAAACAUGGAAAUGUGAUGGCGAAAACGAUUGCUGGGAUAUGAGUGACGAAGCCAAUUGCACGUCUAUAGCGAAGUUAGAGUGCGCAGUUGGCCAAUUCCGUUGUGCCAACGGGCAUUGCAUCAGCGAAAAAUGGCACUGUGAUAGCGAAGAUGACUGUUUGGACGGAGAACCUGGAAAACUCUCAUCUGAUGAGAUUGAUUGUGACAUUCGCUGCAAAUAUAAUGAAUUCAAAUGCGACAAUACUUGUCUUCCAAGUACCUGGGAGUGUGAUGCUUCAGCCGAUUGUCAAGAUGGAUCAGAUGAAGGAGAUCACUGUGCAUAUAGGAACUGCUCCGAGCACAUGUUUAAAUGCAAGUCUUCCGGAAAAUGUAUUUCGAAAGCGUGGGUCUGUGAUGGAGAUGCUGACUGCAGUGAAGGUGAAGACGAACUUUCUUCGGAAUGCUCCAUAACAGUAACUGGGAUAGGGCACUGCCCACCAAGCUCGUUUUCAUGUUCCAAUGGAGAUUGUAUUGAGUCCGCCUAUGUUUGCGAUGGUGAUGCCGACUGUGCUGAAGGAGAAGACGAGUAUGAGGAUUGCGAGUGGUCGCCCCUUGCUCAUCCGAACUGCACUGUGGAUCAGUUCCGAUGUGACAAUCAGGCAUGCAUUUCGAAAAAUUUAACCUGCGAUUCUGUCAACGAUUGUAAAGACGGUUCUGAUGAAAGCCCAGAUCUGUGCCGGAACUCAACUAAGGUUUGUUCACCACCGGAAUUUUUCAGAUGCAAUACAGGUGCCUGUGUCCGUGCUAGUCAGCUAUGCGAUGGACGAAACGAUUGCAUGGAUUACAGUGACGAAGCUUCCUGCGGUGUUAAUGAGUGCCUUCUUUCAAACAUGUGUCAACAUAAGUGCAUAGAUCUUAAAAUUGGAUAUGAAUGCUCCUGUCAUCCGGGGUAUGAAGUUAGCCCGAAUAAUCCCAAUGCAUGUCGCGAUGUCAAUGAAUGCGAGACAAUUCAUCCUUGUACUCAGAUAUGCAUAAACACUAUCGGGUCAUACCACUGUUCGUGCAAGGAUGGCUACCUUCUUAAGGACAAACACGUUUGCAAGGCUACCAGCAAUGAGACAACUAAACUGAUUUUUUCCAACCGGUAUUACAUUCGUCAAGUUAACAUGGCAGGAAAUAGUUCAAUCCUGAUACAUCAGCUGUCAAAUGCAGUCGCCCUGGAUUUCGAGUGGAAGACUAAGUGCUUAUACUGGUCAGAUGUCACCUCAGAAUUAAGCACUAUCAAGCGGCAGUGUGGGGAUGAAAAUAGGACCACUCUACUUCACCAUUCAAUGCUAAAGAAUCCGGAUGGCUUAGCUGUCGAUUGGGUUGCCGGAAACUUAUAUUGGUGUGACAAGGGUCUGGACACGAUUGAGGUAUCAAAACUGGACGGUAAAUACCAAAAGGUUCUCAUAAAUAAGAACCUUCGCGAACCUCGUGCUAUCGCUGUUGAUCCCUUCCGGCGUAAUAUAUACUGGUCUGAUUGGGGAGACUCUCCUUAUAUUGGUAAAGCUGGCAUGGAUGGCUCAAAUCGAAAGGUGAUCAUUCGGGAUAAAUUAGGUUGGCCAAAUGCCUUGACUAUAAGCUUCGAAACUAAUGAACUGUACUGGGGUGAUGCGCGGGAGGAUUUUAUAGCAGUGAGUGAUUUAGAUGGCAAUAAUCCUCGCGAGUUGUUGUCAAGACGAACGAAUCCAUCACUCAACCUACAUCAUAUUUUCGCGAUUGCAGUGUGGGAAGACAGAGUUUAUUGGACAGAUUGGGAGACCAAGUCGAUUGAGUAUUGUAACAAACACGAUGGGCAAAACUGUUCAAAGCUGACCACUACUAUUCAUCGGCCAAUGGAUCUUAGGGUAUACCACCCCUAUCGUCAAAGAGAAAUCCCCAAUCCCUGCGAGAACGCCAACUGUUCAACGCUCUGCGUAUUGUCUCCAGAUCCACCCUAUUAUAAAUGUCUUUGCCCCGAGAAUUUCGUCCUUGAAGCAGAUGGUCGGUCCUGUCGAGCGAAUUGCACGCCUGCACACUUCCAAUGCGCUUCAACCUACAAAUGCAUACCUUUCUACUGGAAGUGUGACACCCAAGACGAUUGCGGUGAUCGAUCUGACGAACAUGAAAACUGCCCCAAAUUCGUGUGCGAGAUAGGCCAGUACCAAUGUGCGAAUUCGAAGUGCAUCCAUCCUCGUCAAAUUUGCGAUGGAAAAAAUCAAUGUGGCGACAAUUCUGAUGAACUGGAUUGCGAUCAGUUCACCUGUUUUGAAAACGAUAUUAAGUGCGGGAAAUCGGAAAAUUCGUCAGCCUUUUGCCUGGAUUCGAGUAAAAAAUGUGAUGGUCAGCGAAACUGUCCCAACGGCGAGGACGAGCUAGAGUGCAGCAAAAUAAACUGCACAGCUAACCAGUUCCAAUGUGGAUCAGGAUCCUGCAUUCCAUUGGUUUGGGUUUGCGAUGGCGACACAGAUUGUUCCGAUCAAAGUGACGAAAUGAGCUGUGGCAACCGAGUUUGCGGAACGACUGAAUUCAAAUGCAAGUCAGGACGCUGCAUUCCGAUGCUCUGGAAAUGUGAUGGAGAAGAGGACUGCAUAGGGGGCGACGAUGAACCGGACUCCUGCAAUGCGUCUAUGUCGCAUACUUGUGAGCCCAGCUAUUUCAUGUGCAAAAACAAUAACAAAUGCAUCCCUGGAAGGUGGCGUUGUGAUUAUGAUGACGACUGCGGCGACAGGAGCGAUGAAAUGGAUUGUGUUAUGCGAAAUUGCUCUGAAAGUGAAUUUAGAUGUAGCAACGGAAAAUGCAUAAAACACAACUUCCGCUGCGACGGAGAAAUGCAUUGCGAUGAUGCCAGCGACGAACAAAACUGCAAUAUCACCUGCCUCGAUGGUGAUUUCAAAUGUUCAGUGUUCAAUAUAUGCAUUAACAAGAUAUAUAAGUGCGACGGGGAUGAUGACUGUCCAGAUGGUUCGGAUGAAGUGAAUUGCGACUGCCCUUCGGAUCACUUCCUUUGUGCUGAUGGAAAAUGCAUUUUGAAUCGAUGGCGAUGCGAUGGAUGGUCAGAUUGCGCUGACGGUUCAGAUGAAACAGUUGAAGCAUGUGCGAAUGUUCCGUGUCAUGUGAAUGCUUAUAAAUGUAGAAAUCACAAAUGCAUUCGCAAGGCUGCCCUCUGCGAUGGCGUGGACGACUGCGGCGAUAAUGCUGAUGAGAGUGCCGAAGUAUGUGCAGCGCUUCCGAAAUGCCGACAUGAUCAAUUCCAAUGUGAGAACGAUCGUUGCAUCCCUAAGAAAUUCCGCUGUGAUGGCCAAUACAACUGCAUCGAUGGAUCAGAUGAAAUGAACUGCAAGGCUCCUGUGUGUGCCUUCGGGACAUGCUCUCACAUUUGUACUGAAAAGAAACUUGGAAACUACAAUUGUAAAUGUGCUGCGGGCUAUGAGAAGGGAAGUAAAAAGAACGAUACCUGCUACGCGACGGGACCUGAUCAAAUCCUGCUUCUUGCUUCGGAAGAAGAAUUCCGCUUCAUUCUUCCGCAGAAAUACGAAGGAACCACUGUUAUGGGUUUUAUUCAGACAGGAAGCCUGAAAAUCGAUGUAUUUGAUUUUUACUUGAGUAAAAGUGAUUUGCUUGUUUUCUGGAUCGACUCCCAUCACAACAAGAUUCAUACAAUGAAAAUGCAUCCUUUGGCGGAAUCUAAGGACAGUCAACGGUUUAAACGAAACUUUGAAGAUUUAGUAGCUUUCGAUAUACCGAACUUAGAUGAUCCUAAAUCGUUAGCGGUUGAUUGGGUGAACGCUAAGCUCUACAUAAUUGACUCAAAACACAACAAAAUCAUCGCAACAGAUUUGGAGGGUAAAUCCUACAUUUCCCUCGUCUCGACUGGCAUGCACCCAAUGGAUAUUGUGUUAGACCCAGAGACAAGGUUGAUGAUAUGGUCAACUAUGGAGAAUGGCAUUUUAGUGGCGUCAAUGGAUGGUUCGAACAAGAAGAGCCUUGUUGAAAUGGAUGUUGGUUGGCCAAUCAGCAUGUCCAUAGACUACCCAACGGGUCGCCUAUAUUGGGCUGAUUACCGCAAGGGCACCAUUGAAACGUGCUUAUUGAAUGGCAAGGAUCGACAUGUAGUUCGACGAUUCCCUACAAAUGAGAAACCACAGAAGAUUGACGUGUUUGAAGAUUCACUGUACAUUAAACUGUACGACCAAAGUAUUAUCAAAAUGAAUAAAUUUGGAAAUGACAAUGGCACAUUCCUUUUGAAAGGCUACCGGUCGUCAGACAUUGCUAUAGUGCAUCCUUUGAAACAAAAUCGUAACACAACCAAUCCAUGUAAAUCCAAUCCGUGCUUCGAGCAGAAUGCAUUGUGUCUCCUCUCUCCGGACAAUGAUUCGGGUUUCACUUGCAGUUGUCCCAGCAAUCUUAUCACCACACAAGUAAAUGGGAAAUCUGUAUGCCGUGAAUUCGACUCAACUACGGAAAGCUGCCGGCUUAAAUGUGGCUCUGGACAUUGUAAGAUCGUCGAUCAUGUUCCCAAGUGCGUCUGUCCACCCCAAUUUGAUGGAGAACUGUGUCAGCACUAUAGAUGUUCUGACUAUUGUUUCAACCGCGGUGUAUGCAACAUUGAACCAGUCAAUGAAGAUUCCAAUAUACAUGAUUUGCCUGCGUUGACUUGCACCUGCCCACCAGAUUGGACUGGACCACGUUGUGAAAUCUCAGUGCCAGAUUGUCAGAGCCGAUGUCACAACGGAGGAUCUUGUGUUAUCCGAGCAAACGGAGCUCAAAAAUGUGAAUGCCCGCCUGGAUUCUUGGGUGAAAAAUGUGAACAUUGCAUUCAUUUGAGUUGCCAAAAUGGUGGAGUUUGCCGAGACACGGUGACAGGUCAAACACAAUGUGAUUGUCCAGACGGGUUCCAGGGUAAAAGAUGUGAGGUCGACGCUUGCUACAAUUAUUGUAAUGGCCACGGUCGCUGUACUGUUGGUAUAACCGGACCACAAUGUGAAUGCGAUCCGGGCUAUUGGGGAAAACAAUGUGAGGCCGAUUCAUGCGUUCGAUAUUGCCUCAACAACGGCUCAUGCACCGAUCAACACCAAGGUCUCUCCUGUAUAUGUCCAGAACGUUAUAUUGGUAAACGUUGCGAAAUCGACCGAUGUCAAACAGCCAAUCCUCCAAGCUUAUGUGAUGAAUUGACGGUACCAACUAGAACCCCUUGUUCUGGUGUUAUAUGUGAAAAUGGAGGAACAUGCUAUGCUAUUCAACAGGUUGGGGUUUGUAAUUGUACACCCCCGUGGAAUGGUCUUUUGUGUGAGAGGAACGUCGGUUUUGACAAUCCAUGCAACGGAUAUUGUUCAAAUGGAGGAAUAUGCACAGUUUACGAUUUCUCGAAACCAGUUUGCGCCUGUAUUGGAGAAUGGCAAGGACCUACAUGUAGUGAUCCUCCGCCAUGUACAGAGGAGUGUGGCGUCUGCCAAAGUGGAAGCUCAAUAAACGAAUGCAUGUGUGACAACGGAAGAAUUAGCUCUUGUAUGUCUACUUCGGAACGGUUGGACAAGCAUGCAGCUGUUGCCUCGAAAGGGACACCGAAGUUCCUUUUCAUUUUAGUGAUCAUUCUUUCCAUAUUAAUCUUAAGCAUUUCAUUAUUCGGCGGUGCCAUAUUAUUCUUAAAGAAACGACGAAUGGCUCAACCGUUCUCCCACGCUAGGCUGACGGACAAUGUGGAAAUAACCAAUCCCAUGUACUUGGCCGACAUAGAUGACCCUCCUGCGUUCGUUCAUGAAGACGAUAAGGGUAACUUUGCGAACCCCGUCUACGAAUCAAUGUACGCUGGUAGUACACAAGAUACCGAGAUCGUCGCCAAUAGCAGUAUAGCGCCCGACGAACGGAAAGGACUCCUGCAGGACUCACACGACGAACCAAAUACUCAAGAUAUUCUCUGAUGACCAACCCAAGGUUGAAGAGUCAUCGUCCAUCAACACAUUUAUGCAUUAAAUCACAUUCUUUGACUAUAAAUAAUUAGAAUUAACAAAAAGGACAAAAUCGAAACUGAACAAACAAUAAAAAUCGAAUUUAGUUAGAAGAGGUAAUGCCUGACUGUGUCUGUAACACUGAAAAAAAAACGCUAAUUGUAAAUAUCUAAAUCGAUUAUGCGAUUAUUCGUUUGGAAAUAUCUUUUCUAUUGUAAUUAUUUAAGUGAUGGAUAAAUUUCGUCUUUCUCGAAAUCCUAGAAACAAAUUGGCUAGAAGGAAACUUUCCCGUAGAAGCUUAUAAUAGAGUCAAUCGUUGAGAUUAUAGUUUUAAGUAGGAGAUUCAUUUCAAAUUCAUUUUAUAUUUUUUGUUUUUAUUUUUUAUUUUUUUACAAAAGUUACUUUCACCGGGAAGUAAUGUACGGACUAGAAUUUAUGUGAGUCUUCGUGAGCAGCUGUGUUUUAUAUAUAUAUAUACGUGGAUGAUGUAUAGGUAAUAUUUAAUAUUUUAUACGCCAUAACUGUAAUAUAUAUACAUAUUGACUGGACGAGAAGUAGCGAAUACAGUAAUGCUGCUGAAUACAGUGAGCAAUAAAUCCAUGGCAACUUAGAAGUACGUUAGGCAUCUUUUUAAACACUUUGUAUACUCGAUAAUAAGGCGAAAGGAAUAUAUAUGUUUUAUCGUAAGUGAUAAGCUACUUCCAACUUUUUAUACAGCUAUUAACUGAGACUUCUUUUGAAAUUUGAAAAUCAUGGAAAAAAAUGUGAAAUACAAUUUUCUCCAAGCAGUCAA